UGACGUAAGACGUCUGUCAUUUGUUGAUAUCGAGCGCAGAGCGGAUGAUUUUUGUUAAGGUGUUGGUGUUAUUUAUUAAGUAGAACUUAAAACAUGAUAAUAUGUAAUAUUGUAUACAAGAGUUCCAAUAUUUGAAACUAUGAAUUGACUUAGAAUUUAGAAAUAUCAUAAAGAACGGCAAAACUAGAUAACACAAUGAACGACGAAGAUAUUCAAAUAUUAAAUGGAAACAAUUACUCACAAGUGAGCCAAAUAUUGGACGAUUUCUUGAAAACUAACGAUGAUGUUUUCACAUUUCCAUAUCUCUCCGAGAACAACAGGAGAGUUUCUUUGUGGGCUGCAUUAUUUCAACAUUUACAAAAUAAGUCUUCGGAGCCAAUACACACUCUGUGUUUAGCUACUAUAAGGCUCUUAAGUCGGGAUAAAAAUGAACUAGAGAGUCUUAUUUGUGAAAAAUGGGUACUAACAUUAAUUGAAAGAGCUGGUUUGUUUAACUUCGUCGACCCAGAGGACACUAUGGAUAUCAACAUGCCAGCCAAGGAAGUUGUGAUGGAGGCACUCAAAUGUCUAUGUAACAUAGCAUUUAACAGUGAAGUGGCCCGAGCUCUUUGUGCACAUUCUAGUAUUGCUCAGGGCCUUGUGGCUAGACUGCGAUCUUACAAAGAGAUACCGUUCAAAGACGACAUCAUGCUGUUUGAUAUGAAGCUGCUUUUCAUCUUGACGGCUCUGAGGCCAGAUAUUAAGACGAAGAUAAAGGAUGAGCUGCACGGGAUGGAUUAUUUGGUGAGCUGUAUGAACGAACUGGUGUUGGCAUCUCACGAACCACAGCAGGAUGUGGCCGGAUGUACGGACAUUGAAAUGAGUCAUAACUGUUUACUGCAGGAUCACCAGCAAGCCAUUGCGUGCGAAAUACUGAAGACUCAAUUCAACCUCACCUUGCACACGGGAUCCAGCGACCCUGUCAGCGAGGAGGAGGAAGUCAUCUACUUGAAAUUAAUGCCCUCACUGACGGCACUCCUGUAUGCGCGCACGACCUCACAGGAGAAACUUAUGGAGUUGCAUAGCAAUAUUGCCAAUUUACUUACAAGUGUGCCGCCAGUGUUCUACCAGUUUUUGACUCCUGAGCUGAAUGAAGGUGAAUCAGCCCAGUACGUGUAUGAUGGUCAUAACAUGGAUGCUCUGCAGUCCCUGCUGCAGCUUCUGCUGUACAGACUCUCCAUCACUGAGACGACGAAAAAUCAGUACGAGAACCUGUCCCCGAUACUCACGGUGCUGAACAAGAGUGCGAGGAGUUGUCGAGUUCAAAGGAAGUUCUUGAGGCAGGAGGUGUUGCCGCCGCUGAGAGACGUGUCCCGCCCGCCCGAGCAGGGAGACACUCUGAGGAACCAGCUGUGCCGCCUCCUCACUACACCCAUCACCUCCGUCAGAGACCUUGUCGCCGAGUUCCUCUUCAUACUCUGCAAAGAAAAGGUCGGCAGAAUGGUGAAGUACACGGGAUUCGGCAACGCCGCCGGCCACCUGGCACAGAAGGGGCUGAUGGGUGAAGGGCGCGGGCCGGCGUACUCCUCCAGCAGCGACUCCGACACCGAGGAGUACCGGGAGGCCGAACCCCACAUCGACCCCGUGGUGGGCUGCACCAGGCCGCCCCGGAACAACCCCUGGGAGGGAAUGACUGACGAACAGAAGGAAUACGAAGCCAUGAAACUCGUCAACCUGUUCGACAAGAUGCUGUCCCAGGGAGUGGUGAAGCCGGCCAGGGUGGGUCCGGACGGCCGGCCGCAGACCCUCGACCACGUCAUGGAGCUCAGAGAACAGCCGCACCGAUCCAACUCAUAAACAUGCACUAAGACCUGCAAACUCUGUACCUGGUGUGACGUCACACUGGGAACCUGGAGAGAUUUGGAGAGAAAAAAGAUAGGAGGGGUUUAGGACCUGCCCCAUCAAACAACUGGCGACUGAGGCUGAUACUGUUCAAACCAGCACACGGAUGGCUGUAACCUGCGAAGAAUCAAAAAUAAUGUUUAAUCCAUAAAUCUCUUUGAUAUUUCUAAUAAAAAUAUUGUAAAAAAAAAAAUCUUCAUUUUCCUAACAAUGUGUUGGUAUUGUCUCCGUUGUAACCGUUACUAAUACACUAUAUUAUAUAUUUACAUUUAUUUAUAAUACAACGAAUCAUAUCUUAUUGUUGUAGAGUAGUGAUUUAAUAGCUUGGUUCUUAACUUAGAGUCGGACACACAAACAUACGUUUAGAUUCAAUACUUAGUGGCGACAGGCGAGGGCUUGUACCGUUGACUGUAGCACUAACUACUAGUGUACUGAGAUGAUUGCAAAUUGAAUUCCCUCUAUGUGUAAGCAUUUUAGCCUUUUACUAGUCAUAGAUGUUCCACUCUUUAUAGAAUUACGUUGAGUAUUUAAUGGCCAAAAAAUAUUUUGAGUGAUACGUGGACCGUUCAGUGUUGUUACUGAACGGAACGCGUUUUGUAGUGAUUCUUUUAUUAAUAAACUGUGAACUUGUUUUUUCUAGGUGUUUAAAUCUUUCAUUAUAUUUAAAUAAUAAAGAUUACAGGAAUAUAAA